AUGACCACGACGGAGACUCAGAUCGUGGACCCCGAUACGGGUCCCGACGGCCUGCCUGCGACGAAGAAGGGGAUGGAAGCGGCUGGCGCCGCGGACGCCGCCGCCCAGGAAGAACAGGCCGCCCAAGCUGCCAAGCUGAGGCCUGAACGUGCGGCAAAGUUCAGCGAUUAUAUCCGCAUAUUCUCGUACGCGAAGAAAUGGGAUUAUCCGCUGAUGGCCCUCGCGGGCUUUGCCUGUAUAGCUUCAGGGGUCACAAUGCCCCUGAUGAAUGUGGUCUUUGGCGCUCUCACCACCAACUUCGUCGGCUACUUCAGGGAGCCCCCGACCUUGUCCCAGGCUGAGUUCGAGGCACAGCUGAAUCAGAACGCGCUGUACAUCUUUGCGCUGUUCAUCGCCAAGUUCGGCCUGACCUACAUGAACAAGUUCUCCUUCCGCAUCAUCGGCAUCCGCAUGUCGGCCGCCAUCCGCCUGCACUAUCUCCAGUGCCUCUUCGGCCAGACCAUACACGUCCUUGACUCGAUGCCGCCCGGAGCUGCAGCCGGGACCAUCACUACGACUGCCAACACGCUGCAACUGGGUAUCUCGGAGAAGCUUGCCACUUUUCUAGAAUUCCUCGGUACCAUUAUUGCAGCCUUGGUUGUGGCUUUUGUGAAGAGCUGGUCUCUAACCCUCGUGACGGGGACUGUGCUUAUUUUUAUCAUGGUCGUCGUCAGCAUAUUCUUGCCCUUUAUCAUCAAGGGACAGGCCAACCAGACCACCGCCGAGACGAAGGCAUCGGCCGUGGCAAGCGAAGCCUUUGGGAGUAUCCGGAUGAUCACAGCUUGUGGCGCCGAGUCACAGGUGGCUAGGCGAUUUGACAUAUGGGCCGAGGCGGCCAAGAAACAUGGACAGCGCUCUGCGCCUUUGAUGGCCGUCCAGUUUGGGCUUGUAUUCUUCGGCCUAUACGCCACCUUUGCGCUGGCAUUCUGGUACGGCACAAAAUCGGUGGCUGAAGGCCGCGUGAAAGACGUGGGGGACAUUGUCGUGGUCAUCAUGUCCGUAUUCCUGAUGGCCAUUUCUCUUGAGAGAAUGUCAACCCCCCUGAUCGCGGUUAGCAAGGCCGUGGUUGCCGCUUGCGAGUUCUUCGUCGUCAUCGAUGCGCCCAAGCCAAAGCGCGGAGAGCUCAAGGACCCUGACGUCUCGGCUACGAAUGACAUAAUCUUUGAGGGUGUGGACUUUGCGUACCCGAGUCGGCCACACGUCAAGAUUCUGGAUAAGUUGAACCUGAAAAUUGAAGCUGGCAAGCUGACCGCCAUUGUCGGACCUUCUGGAUCUGGGAAGUCAACCAUCGUCGGGCUGAUUGAGAGAUGGUAUAGCUUGGAUGACCAUGAUGAGGAGACAGGCCCCGCGGUGGAGCUUAAAGGCUCUAUUUCGACAUCAGGCCACCAGCUCGGCGACAUCGAGUUGAAAUGGUGGCGGUCUCAGAUCGGCCUGGUUCAACAGGAGCCUUUCCUCUUCAACGACACUAUAUUCAACAACGUGGCUCAUGGUCUGAUCGGAUCACGGUUCGAAAACGAAAGCGACGAGCGGAAGAAGGAACUCGUGAUCGAGGCGUGCAAGGAGUCGUUCGCCGACGAGUUUAUCGAUCGACUACCUGAUGGUUAUAAUACCAUGGUCGGGGACAGCGGGACCAAGCUAUCUGGCGGCCAACGGCAACGCAUUAGUAUUGCCCGAGCUGUCAUCAAGAAGCCGAAGAUCUUGAUCCUCGAUGAGGCGACAUCCGCGAUAGAUGUCCGCGGUGAACGUAUCGUCCAGGCCGCUCUCGACAAGGUCUCGCAAGGCAGGACGACAGUGACCAUCGCCCAUCGACUAUCCACCAUCAAGAAGGCGGACACCAUCGUGGUUCUUCAGAAGGGGCGCGUGGUCGAGCAAGGCACCCACGACGGCUUGCUGGAAGAUAAUAAAGGUGUCUACUAUGGUCUUGUCCAUGCUCAGCAGUUGUCCCUUGGGGAGCCCGCGGAUGCCAGCGACUCAGAAGCACCCGAAGAAGACAUUGAUGCCAUUCUCAGUCGCGAAAAGAGUGCCGCUUUUUCGGACACCGGAAACCUCCCUGAGAAGCACAAGUACAAGACUCAAGGGCUUGUCGGUAGUUUCGGGCGAUUGCUGUAUGAGCAACGCAAUAAGUUCCCCAACUACGGGAUGAUUAUAUUCUGCGCUAUGGGCACCGCCGCGUCGUCUCCCAUCCAAGCCUGGCUCUUUGCCAAGAUCAUCGUCGUUUUCCAGUACGACCCCCAGAGUGCAGAGUUCGCCAGAGAGUCCAGAUUCUGGUCGCUGAUGUGGUUUAUUCUUGCCAUAGGCACCGGCACGGCAUACUUUGGCGUGGGCUUCUUUGCGAUGCACCUGGCGCACUACAUCUCGACUUUCUACCGGAAGGAGUACUUCAAGGGCCUGCUCUACCAGAAGACAGCUUUCUUCGACGCCGAGGACAACUCUACGGGCACACUGACAGCCCGUGUCGGAGGCGACCCGAAGCAGCUCGAAGAGCUCCUCGGAAUGAACAUGGCUAUGGUCUAUAACUCGAUCUUCACACUCAUCGGUUCCUUAUCGAUUGCUUUCGCCUUUGGCUGGAAACUGGCUCUCGUCGCGCUGUGCGUGACCGCUCCGCUGGGUCUUCUGGCUGGCUAUUUCCGCCUAAGGUAUGAGCUCGAGUUCGAGAAGAUGUAUAGCGAGGUGUUUGCAGAGAGCAGCAAGUUCGCCGCCGAGGCCAUCGGUGCGUUCAGAACUGUAGCCUCCAUGACCCUUGAGGAUACCAUCACCUCUAGGUACGACAAGCUUCUGAGCGGACAUGUUGUCAAGGCUUGGAAGAAGGCCCGGUGGUCGACUUUGAUCUUCGCUCUCUCGGACAGCAUCAGCUUGGGCUGUCAGGCGCUCAUAUUUUGGUAUGGUGGCCGGCUCAUGGGGUCCAGGGAGUAUAACCCGAUGCAGUUCUUCGUCUGUUACAUGGCGGUCAUUCAAGGAGCCGAGUCUGCCGGCCAAGGCUUUAGUUUUGGACCCAACGCGGCUCAGGCAUCAGCGGCAGCGAACCGCAUCUUGAGUGUCCGCGAGUCCCGUAAUCAGGACCACCACGAGAGUUCCAGCAUCCCCGACGCCAAGGGGGGCGUCAAGCUCGAGCUGAAAGACGUGCACUUCAAGUACCCAACACGCGACGUCUCCAUCUUCAAGGGCGUGAACCUGACGAUCGAGAAGGGCCAGUUCGCCGCCCUGGUCGGCGCGUCCGGCUGCGGUAAGACGUCCAUCGUCUCGCUGCUGGAGCGCUUCUACGACGUCCAGCGGGGCCAGAUCCUCGCCAAUGGCGUCGACAUCACCGACCUCAACGUCUACGACUACCGCAAGCACCUGUCGCUUGUGGCGCAGGAGCCCAACAUGUUCCAAGGCACGCUGCGCGAGAAUAUCCUGCUGGGCGUCGAGCCCGGCACCGUGACCGAUGAGCAGCUGCACGCGGCCUGCCGCGACGCCAGCAUCCACGAGUUUAUCGUGUCCUUGCCCGACGGUUACAACACACCGAUCGGCAGCCGCGGCGUCUCGCUGUCGGGCGGCCAGAAGCAGCGCGUCUCCAUCGCCCGCGCCCUCAUCCGCCGCCCGGACGUCCUGCUGCUCGACGAGGCCACCAGCAGUCUCGACAGCGAGAGUGAGAAGCUGGUCCAAGCCGCCUUCGAGCGCGCCGCCGGCGGGCGCACCAUGGUCGUCGUGGCGCACCGCCUCGCCACGGUCCAGAACGCCGACGUCAUCUUCGUCCUGGGCGAGGGCCGCGUGCUCGAGAAGGGCAACCACGCCGAGCUGCUGAAGAAGAGGGGGGUUUACUGGAAUAUGUGUCAAAGCCAGGCUUUGGACCGGUAG